CGCCGCCAUCCUCCCGGCCACCGCAGCCACCUCCCCCACCCUCAAUUUCUCCCCUCCCACCCUCACCACCUCAAUUUCGCGGCCACCGCAACACAUGUUAUUGCUCAUUAGUUCCUUCUAUCUAAUCUAGGGUUUGCAAGAGUUGAUGCAAGCUUAAUUAGGAUUAUAUAUAUAAACCACUGAUAGGGUUUAGGUUCCAUUCAAUUGCAUCGCAGUAGAAGAGAAGAAAAUGGAAGGGAAGAGAAGCGUGCGUAUGUGCUGUUUAUGCAAUGAGAGAAGAGCAUCUCUUAGCAGACCUAAAACUCUUGAACAGAUUUGCAGAGAAUGCUUCUAUCUUGCCUUCGAAGACGAGAUUCAUCAAAUCAUCGUCUCCAACCGCCUCUUCAUCCGUGGCGACCGCGUAACUAUUGGCGCUUCCGGCGGUAAAGACUCCACCGUCCUCGCCUACGUUUUAUCGAAACUCAACCGCAUCCAUGAUUACGGCCUCCAUCUCUUCCUCCUCUCCGUCGACGAGGGCAUCACCGGCUACCGCGACGAUUCUCUCGAAACAGUUCACAGAAACCAGAUUCAGUAUGGUUUGCCUCUGAAAGUUGUAUCCUACAAGGAUUUGUACGGAUGGACCAUGGACGAAAUCGUGAAACUGAUCGGUCUGAAGAAUAACUGCACCUUCUGCGGCGUGUUCCGUAGACAGGCGCUUGAUCGAGGCGCAGCAUUCCUUAAAGCAGAUAAACUUGUGACAGGACACAACGCUGACGAUAUAGCUGAGACAGUUCUGUUGAACAUAUUGAGAGGAGAUAUAGCUAGAUUGAGUAGAUGCAGUUCAAUAAUAACAGGUGAAGAUGGACCAAUCCCUAGAUGCAAACCUUUUAAGUAUACUUACGAAAAGGAGAUUGUUAUGUAUGCUUAUUUCAAAAAGCUUGUUUACUUUUCCACUGAAUGCAUUUAUUCUCCAAAUGCAUAUCGUGGUUUUGCUCGCGAGUUCAUCAAGGAUUUGGAGAGAAUCAGACCCAGGGCCAUUCUCGACGUCAUCAAAUCCGGUGAGAAUUUUAGGAUUUCUACCACUACUAAAAUGCCAGAGCAGGGAACCUGUGAACGCUGUGGUUAUAUUUCUAGUCAGAAAUGGUGUAAAGCUUGUGUUCUGCUUGAUGAACUGAAUCGAGGUUUGCCUAAACUGGGAAUUGGACGGAGUCGGGUUGCUAUUGGUUGCAAAGAAGAAAAUGAAAGCCAUGGAGGAAAGAGCAUCGAAAGCAAACAGUGUGGAUCUUUAGACUUCUGAUUUUCUAUGUAAGCAUCAUAUAAAUCAGUGGGUUCUAUGUACUAUUGAUAAUCAAAGGUAACUGCAGUUAAUAUCUAUCGUUUUGAUCAAUGUCUUGAGAUGCAAAGUUGUGCUACAAAGUCUAUUUGUCUUAUACUUUUUGUCAUCAGAUGUUUCUACAUCUCUACUAACUGUCAUGAAAUUCACCGCGACAAAAGGACAUGGUCAAAAUUUAGGGUGCAACAUUGACAAAGAAAAAUGACCAAUCACAAAUUAAAAUCCUCAACUUCUUAAAUGGGGCAAGAAAAUUCAAAGAAGACUGAGUCACCGAGUACAAAGUAUGAGAGUUAGUCCACACGUUUUAUGGCUAUAAAAAAAUAAAGAAAAUAAGUGAAACAACCAUCAUAGAACAAGGAUUUUAGAGAGAGAGAGAGGGAUUCCAUUCCCAGUUUGAUUCCAAUUUCCAAAACAGAACACCAAAAUCUUAGCCUUAAUGGCUAAGAAUAAUAACUUAUCAUUCUUCUUCUUAUCAUUCUUGUCUCUUCUUUUUUCUAUUCAUGCUAAACUCCAACUUCACCCUUCAGACACAAAAGCUCUCACAACUCUCCAAAACAACCUCGGACUCAUCAACCUUAACACAACAAAUCACCCUUGUAAUGCCGAGGGUGUGUUCUGUGAGAGAAGACUCAAUAACAAUGAAAGCUAUUCUCUCAGAGUCUCAAAACUUGUUUUCAAUUCAAAACAACUCAGAGGAACACUUUCUUCAGCCAUUGGAAAACUUACAGAGCUCAAAGAACUCUCUCUUUCACACAACAAACUCGUUGACCGAAUCCCACCUUCCAUAGUUGACUGUAGAAAGCUUGAAAUUCUUAACCUUGCUAAUAAUCUUUUCUCUGGUGAAGUUCCUUCUGAAUUACCUUCUCUCAUUCGUCUUCGUUUGCUUGAUAUCUCUGGGAAUAAACUCUCUGGAAACUUGAAUUUCCUUCGUUAUUUUCCCAAUCUCGAAACUCUCUCUGUUGCAGACAACCACUUUACAGGGAGAGUUCCUGCUUCUGUUCGUUCUUUUCGCAAUCUUAGACAGUUUAACUUCUCUGGUAACCGUUUUCUUGAAGGCGUGCCGGUCAAUCAGAAGCUUCUUGAAUAUCAAGAUACUGAUAAUACUAUUCCCAAACGCUAUAUCCUUGCUGAGAAAUUAAAUGUAACUUCAACAAGGAGGAACUCUCCAGCAGGUGCUCCAGCUCCUGGUCCUGCAGCUGCUAAACACAAGCAUAAGAAGAGCAGGAGGAAGCUAGCUGGAUGGAUUCUUGGGUUUAUAGCCGGAGCGUUCGCCGGAAUACUUUCCGGUUUUGUGUUUUCUUUGCUGUUUAAGUUGGCUUUGGCUUUGGUUAAAGGAAAAGGAAAGGGUUCUGGUCCUGCAAUUUAUAGUUCAUUGAUUAAGAAAGCUGACGAUUUAGCUUUCUUGGAGAAAGAAGACGGUUUAGCUUCGUUGGAAAUCAUUGGAAGCGGUGGAUGUGGUAAGGUUUACAAGGCAGAAUUACCAGGAAGUAAUGGUAAAAUGAUUGCUAUCAAGAAGAUUAUUCAGCCACCUAAGGAUGCAGCUGAUCUAGCUGAAGAAGAUAGUAAGAUUUUGCAUACUAAGAUGAGACAAAUUAAGUCAGAGAUUGAUACCGUUGGUCAGAUUCGUCAUCGAAACCUUUUGCCUUUGUUGGCUCAUCUUUCUAGACCUGAUUGUCAUUACCUUGUGUACGAGUUCAUGAAGAAUGGUAGUUUGCAGGAUAUGUUGACCAAAGUUCAAAGAGGUGAAGCUGAGUUAGAUUGGUUGUCAAGGCAUAAGAUUGCGCUUGGUAUCGCAGCUGGUCUUGAAUACCUUCACACGAGUCAUAGUCCGCGUAUAAUUCAUCGAGAUCUCAAGCCUGCAAACAUUCUUCUUGAUGAUGAUAUGGAAGCUAGGAUUGCGGAUUUUGGACUUGCAAAAGCAAUGCCUGAUGCA